AUGACGCGCCUUUUCCCUCUCCUGCUGCAUUUAGCAGCAGCAGCAGCAACGGGAGAGGCAGCUGCAGCAACAGCAGCAGCAAAUACAGCAGCAGCAAAUGCAGCAAAUGCAGCAGCAGCAGCAGCAGCAAAUGAGCCCCACAGCGUACGUACACCCGAGCAGCAAAGCUGCCCAGCUAAUUCCCUUAAGGAAGAAUUUUCUUAUCUAAGUAACCCACCUUCUGAUGCAGCAGCAGCAGCAGCCCCAGCAGCAGCAGCAGCAAAUGCAGCAAAUGCAGCAGCAGCAGCAGCACCUGCAGCAGCAGCACCGGAAGCAGCAGCACCAGCAUCUGCACCAGAAGCAGCAGCAGCACCAGAGACAGCAGCAGAAGCAGCACCAGCAGCAGAUGCAGCAGCAGCAGAUGCAGCAGCAGAAACAGCAGCAGCAGCAGCAGCAGCAGCAGGAGAAAUAGAUAUAGAUGAAUCUUCUGAUUAUGUUGAAUUAACAGAAGAAGCAUUACAAAUUGCAUUACAAAAAAGACCGACAGCAUUAGUGUUAUUAGCUGAUUCGCGGUGUACAGACACCUCAGGUGUCUCUGUUGUGGCGUCUACGGGUCGGUCUGGUAUACGCCAAGGAGAGAAGAGAGAUUGUGAUAUCUUCCUUCGUUAUCAGCAGAAUAUACCUAAGCCUGCUGCUGCAGCAGCAGCAACAGCAGCAGCAGCAGCAGCAGCAGCAGAGAAAGAGAAAGAAGAACAAGAGCAAGAUUAUUUAUCUCUAUUCUUCCCUGAUAAUGCUACAGAAGAAGAAAUCAAACUCCAAAUCAUUAAACUCGCCUAUCCUCCCUCUCUUCGGGCGACGAGCAAAAAACUUCUCGAUGAACUUUUGUUUGAAUUUCCAACUUCUCUUGUUCGAUUAUUUCCUAGUCCUGGAGAUGUAACCCCUGUACCUGCUGGGGUUUUAGCUGCUGCAACUCGUCUCCCUAUAAUUGAUGUUGAUGACCCUGAUGUUGCUUCUUCCUUUAAUGUUAAGCCUCCUAGUCAGCUGCUGCUGCGCCCCAAGGGUUUCCGUCAGGAGUUUGCAAUGGAUGGUGAUGAGGAGCAGAUGCGACUGACGCGCGCACUGGAGGAAGAGCCAAAGCCUAUCGUUGUCUUAAACACUCUUAAUGCUCCUUCUAUAUUCACGGAGCUUCGUCCGGUGGUUUUCUUCUUUGGGGGUUCAGAGCCUGCAAUAGCUGAGGAGACAGCGUUUAUGGAUGCUGCUGGUGCAUGGGAUAAAUCUGUAUUAUUUUGUUUAUCUUCUUCUCCUUCUAUUCUUCGUAAAAGGGCAUUUAGUUAUUUAGGUAUUAAGGAAGAAUAUUAUCCACAGGUUAUAAUAGUUCGUCAUUUAAAUGAUCCAAAAAAAACACAAAAAUUUAUUUGUCCAAAUUCAUCAACAAAAGAAGAAAUUCUUCAUUGUCUUACCUUAUUUAAGGAAAAGAAAUUGUCUCCUUAUUAUAAAUCAGAAAAACCCCCAAAAGUACAAAAAGGGCCUGUCUACGACUUGGUGGCAUCUCGAUAUAAAUCAGUUGUAUUAGAGAGUAAUAAAGAUGUUCUCUUACUUGUUUAUAGUCCUUAUUGUCCUCAUAGUGCUGCAUUUAUGCCUGUCUUUGAAGAGGUUAGUUCCUAG